AGCGGCCCUGGCCUUGCGUCAUGUCCGCCCCCGGGUCUCCGCGGGGCUCUCCGCCGGCCCUCCUGCGCGCCCUGUUGCUGGCGCUGGCCGUGUGCCCGCCGCUGUCGGCCGCGUGUCUGCCGCGCCGGAACGUGCUGCUGCUGCUGGUGGACGACCUGCGGCCGGCGCUGGGCUGCUACGGGGACGCGCUGGCCGUGACGCCCUCCGCCGACGCGCUGGCCGCCCAGAGCGCGCUCUUCACGGCGGCGUUCGCGCAGCAGGCGCUGUGCGCGCCGAGCCGCACCUCGCUGCUCACCUCGCGCCGGCCGCAGACUCUGCGACUGUUUGACACCGGCAGCUACUGGCGCUGGGCGGCCGGCAACUUCACCAGCCUGCCGCAGAUGUUCCGCGAGCGGGGAUACCACACCGCCGCCAUGGGCAAGGUGUUUCACCCGGGCGUCGUGUCCAACCAUAGCGACGACCAACCGUACAGCUGGAGCGAGCCGCCCUACCACCCGCCGGCGCAGCAGUUCAAAAACUGGCCCGUGUGCCUGGACGCGGACGGUGAGCUGCACGCUGACCUGUUCUGCCCGGUGGACCCACGCACUCAGCCGCUGCACACCUUGCCAGAUAUACAGACCGCCGAGCGUGCCGUCAGCUGGCUGAGGCAGCGCGCUGCUCCCGGAGCCUCCACAGACCCGUGGCUGCUGGCUGUCGGUCUGCACAAGCCGCACAUUCCUCUCAAGAUGCCGUUCGAGUACCUCAAUCUGUACCCGCCGGAGUCUGUGCCGCCUCCGAGCUACUCGCACCGGCCUCCCGGACUGCCCGAGGUCGCCUGGAACCCAUGGAUGGACCUACGCCGGCGACACGACGUCGCUCAGCUCAACAUCAGCUUCCCGUACGGCCCGAUGCCCGAGCUUUUCGCCCGGUCGGUGCGUCAGGGAUACUACGCGGCGGUGUCGUACGCUGACGACCUGCUGGGCAGAGUGCUGGCCGCGCUGGCAGACUCGGGACAGGCGGCGAGGACGGUGGUACUGCUGGCCGGCGACCACGGCUGGGCGCUGGGCGAACGUGGGGAGUGGGCCAAGUACAGUACCUCGGAGGACGCCACGCGCACACUGCUGCUGCUACAUCUGCCCGGCGAGACCGGGUCGCUGGAGGGGUUCAGACACGUCAGCCCGCUGAAGGCGGCCGGCCGGAGGAGGCAGCGGCGCGGGCCCAGCGCGGCCGUGGUGGUCCGCUCGCCCGUCGAGCUCCUGGACGUGAUGCCCACACUGACGGAGGCGGCGCUGAACGUCACACUGCCCCGGUGUCCGGCGGAGGGCAGCCAGCCGCAGCUGUGUACCGAGGGCCGCUCACUGCUGCCGCUGGUCCGCGGUAUACACCGGCACGGACGGACACCGGCGCCGCGCGGACCUCACGAGCUGUACCGCCUAAUCAACAGCACAUCAGCCGGCGAUUUGGAGCUCCAACUCUUGACUAACCGCGUACCUAACGCCGCUCUCGGCUCCCCCACCCGUCAGUCUCCAACUACCAGACCCUGCUCGGGUCUGGUGGUGACCUUAGAAGGCGGCUCACCGUCCCGCCGUGCCGCCGCCUUCUCUCAGUACCCUCGUCCAUCUGUCCUGCCACGGUCCGACUCUGACCAGCCACAGCUCCGCGAUAUUCGCGUCAUGGGCUACUCUGUACGCACCCGACACCUGCGGUACACCGAGUGGGUCGCGUACGACCAUGUGGCCCUGCGACCCCACUGGGACGACCUGUUCGCUAGGGAGCUGUACGACCACCGCGGCGAUCCGCUCGAGGUGGAAAAUGUGGCCGAUGAGCCGGCGUGCCGACACAUUGUGCGUGCCAUGUCGCGACUCCUGCGCUCACAGGGGGUUGAGGUGGAGGGUGGCGGCGACUGAGGUGCUUUACUGAGGCAGACUGCACAUUGCACAGUGCACAGUCUCCGGACCGCUGUGAUGGUGAUUGAUGACCAUAAAUAUUAUUUGGUGGCAAAGACAUGACAUCACUCAUAGUUAUAGCAAGCUAUUUCUCUUUUUCCGUUGAUUUACUAUUGUUGUGAACGCCCACUAGUUGCAAUGGUUAUUGCUGCUUUCCUAGAUAUUUCAUGGCAAUACUCGAUUAUAAGGGGCAACACAUAGUGCACAGUGCUCUUUGGUUUCACAAAUUAUGUAAGGACCUGUAUCCAAUGCGUUAACAGCCAAGCCAAUGUCUCACUACCAAGGCUAAUAUCAGCGCCUUGGUCAAUGACCAUGCAAAGGCUCAUGCUCCAUGUGUACCCGAGGGACCCGGCAGUCGGACCAUUACGGUGAUUAUACUAACUGGACUGGUAUCACGCUCAUUUACGUGACUCGCGCAGAAUGGACCUUUACCUUCACAUGAGGCCCGCUGAACUGAGCUUUGGGCUCGGGAGUCGUGUUCUUGAAAAAUCGGUAUUGAACAGCAUUUAGGGAUGGUAACUUUUUUUGUGUAAGUCUAAGGGCAGCAAUUAUGUAUUUGCGCUACGAGUAUUUUCUUGCAUCAUUUACUAAUGUGACUGGAAUCAAAUCAAUUUGGAAAAAAUUUGGCGAUUAGGCAUGCUGUUCACUUCGGCCAGAACAUUUUAAACACGACCCUCUAUCCGGAACACGGGCCCGUAUUCCGCGGUGCCCCGUCGCCCGGUCGUGUCGGCGAUGUUUGCCUGGCCGGUUUGUUUGUCCAGGCAUACGUCGCCUGCCCGGGUCGGCCGGUAUUAUCGCUUACAUGGCUGGUCUGCUCUGGCGGUUUGACGUGUGCAAAUAUACGGCCCACAGUGGACCGCACCCUGGGAGGUCCCGAGCUGAGGAGAAUCG